AUGGCUGAUCAACAAGAUGAAGCAUUCACCAACAUUGCGCAAACCUUGCAGCUGCUACAACAGAUGAUAGCUGCACAAGCUGCUGCUCCUAUUGCUGUCCCUGCUGCGGCUGCUCCACCGGCUGUCGCGGUUCCACCAACUUUUUCAGCUGAACAUACUGCCAGAGUUGAUCCUCGUGCCAUUCAGAACUCAAGAUGCCUCUACAACUGCUUAGCUUCAAGGAUAACUGGCGAUCUCAGAAUUGAAAUCUUCGGACAACCUGGAAACCUUCCUACUCACGGAGACGGCCCGUCUCUGUUCAAGCGCAUGAUCGACACCACUGCUGCUGCAUCUCUUCAAGUAUCUAGCAACGCAAUCCAAGAUCUUCUUAACCUUGAUCCUGGAGAUUACAAGUUUGAUAUGACUGCUGUCAAUUCGCAGAUCAUUGGCCUCUUCACAUUGGCCACUACUGCCGCUCGAUUGAUGCCAGACUCUGAACGCUGCUUCUACAUCUUUAAUACCUAUCGAAAGAUCAAGCAACCCCAAGAUUUUGUUAACUGGACAAACAGCAAGGCUGAUGCACGACUACAAGCCAACAAAUCGGCCAAUCAUCUCUGGAGAACCACUACAACCCGUCAAGAUAUCAAUGGUGAUUUUGUUGCCAUGAUUGCUCCUAUCAUUGCUGCACAGAAGGGAAAAGGUGUUGACAAGAAAGGCGGAAAAGGAAAGACCAUUCCUAAGACCCCUGCUACGGAAGACAAAUUGCCUCCCUUUGUCCGACACUUCAAGAAGCCCGAAUCCGAGGGAGGUACACCAUAUGUUAUUGGCAAUACCAAAACGUAUAACGCUACAACUUGGCAUUUCUGCGGUUGUCCCAAACACCGUAGCAACCUCAAAUGGCACACCCAUCCUACUGCCGACUGCAAAAUCCGCAAAGUCUGGUUGGAAGAAAAAGCUGCAGCUGCUGCUGUAGCCAAUGUAGGCGAUGUUCAAUCUGAAAUUCCAAUCAAGGAAGGUUCUGCUGCCAGCAACGCCACUUCAGGUGUAACUGCGCUUCUUGCUAAUGCACUCUUGAUGAUCGGCGAUGACGACGCACUUCAUGAUGUCAUUUCUGAGGCGCUCUCCGCCUUGCAUCAGACUUGA